AUUCUGAAGUUGGCGGCGACAGUUUCCUCUGGGUUUGCAGAGCUAUUCCUAUUCCUACCUUUCUCUCGAAGGAAAGCUCUCAUCUUUCACUCAAGAUCACGUUCCCCGGGCUUAUUCGGUGGUAUAUCUUGGUUUACAAGAUGGCGUCUGCGACUCUUAGGAGGAGGCUUCAUCACGGGGAUGUAGAUGGGAGAAAGUAUGAACGUUAUGAUGCUACAACAGACUCUGAUACUUUAAGUGAGCCCUUGUUGGGAAGUAGUAGUAGUAGUAGUGGUAAUAGUAAAGCUGGGUACAAUGAGGAGGAGCGUACUCUGGAGGAUAUUUGGGAAGAAGAACGGAAGAAACAGCAAAGUCAUUGGACAUUAAUCUUUUCUCAGUUGAUUGCACAAUGGGCUCAGUGGAUAGCCAAAGUUGUGUUUGGAUCUGGCUCGCUUUUUGGGAGGUUUCUCUCUCUGCCUCAUAUAGGCUCUGGAGGAAGGCUUUUGCCACCUCCUCUUAGCAUGUUACAGGAAGAAAGGCUGAGAAACAUUAAGAGAAGAAUAGAAAUACCCUUUGAUGGAUCUCGAAUGGAGCAUCAAGAUGCACUUAGACAAUUAUGGAGGUUAGCUUAUCCACAGAGGGAGCUACCACCUCUUAAAUCAGAACUCUGGAAGGAGAUGGGAUGGCAAGGAACAGACCCUUCAACAGAUUUUCGAGGUGGAGGAUACAUAUCACUUGAGAAUCUAAUCUUCUUUGCCAAGACCUAUCCGGAAUCAUUCCAAAGAUUGUUACAUAAACAAGAUGGAACCAGAGCUGAAUGGGAAUAUCCUUUCGCGGUCGCUGGCAUCAAUAUCUCAUUCAUGCUGGCACAAAUGUUAGAUCUCCAAUCAGGUAAACCGUCAACGGUUGCUGGGAUAAGGUUCUUGGAGUUUCUGGAGGAAGAUGAAAUGGCGUUUGAUAAUCUUUACUGUAUAGCUUUCCAAAUGAUGGAUGCACAAUGGCUUGCUAAACGAGCUUCUUACAUGGAAUUCAAUGAAGUUCUGAAGUCAACGAGGACACAAUUGGAACGUGAGCUGGCACUGGAGGAUGUUUCGAGCAUCAGAGAUUUGCCUGCUUUCAAUCUAUUGUAUAAAUCAUAAUUUCUGUUUAAAUUUCGAUUUUCUUAUAACUUCUCUGUAUUAUGUAAUAAUUUGAUAUAUUAAGUGUA